UCCAGUGCAGGAGGAUGCUGCUGCCUUCGCUGCUGGCCUGGGUGGCCUCCCUCUGGCUCUCCCUGGCUCAGCCUCCUCCUCCUGCAGCCCAGGAGGGCAUCAUCCAGGCAGCCCAGCUCAGCUUCCAGGCUGGAGCCCAAGCGCUCAGGCAGGUCAGCCCCUUCUUCCUCUCGCUCACCAUCGAUGCCAACCUGGCCACGGAGCCCAGGUACAUCACCGUCCUCGGUUCUACAAAACUACGCACACUAGCAAGAGGAUUAUCUCCUGGCUUUUUGAGGUUUGGUGGCACAAAAACAGACUUCUUGAUUUUUGACCCCAAAAAGAAGCCAACAUUGGAGGAAAGGGUUUUCUUGGAUCUGUUUGCAAAACAAGAUGCUUCAGACAUUUGUAGAUUCAGAUCUCCACCUUUGGAUGUUGUAGAGGAUUUGCAGUCUCAGUGGCCCUUCCAAGCAAUGCUUCUACUCAGAGACCAGUACAAGAAUAAGCACAGAAACACCACCAUUGCACCAAGUACAGUCGAUAUUUUGUACAACUUUGCACAAUGUGCUGAUUUGCAUCUAAUCUUCGGCCUCAAUGCCUUGCUAAGGAAAGGCAGGUCACAGUGGGACAGCACAAAUGCUGAGUUAAUUUUGAAUUACACUGAUUCCCGGAAUUACCAGAUGUCUUGGGAACUUGGAAAUGAGCCUAACAGCUUCAGGCACAAGUCUGGCAUUUAUAUCGAUGGCUUCCAACUGGGGCAGGACUUCAUACAACUCCGUCAGCUUCUCAACAAUUACAGCCUCUACAAAACUGCCAAACUCUAUGGCCCUGAUGUAGGUCAGCCUAGGAAAAAUACUCAGAAGUUGCUGAGGAGAUUCUUGAAAUCAGGAGGGAAAGUAAUUGAUUCUGUUACAUGGCAUCAUUAUUAUUUAAAUGGACGAACUGCCAUCAGGGAGGAUUUUUUGAGUCCAGAUGUGCUAAAUACAUUCAUCACAGCUGUACAGGAAGAACUCCAGCUUGUUGAUGACACAGUACCAGGGAAGAGUGUCUGGCUGGGAGAAACAAGUUCAGCCUAUGGAGGUGGUGCUCCCCAACUCUCCAAUACAUAUCUUGCUGGUUUCAUGUGGCUAGACAAGCUGGGGCUGUCUGCUCGGCUGGGCAUUGAUGUGGUGAUGAGACAGGUUUUAUUUGGAGCAGGAAGCUAUCAUCUGGUGAAUGCCAGCUUUGAACCCUUGCCGGAUUAUUGGCUGUCUCUGGUGUACAAGAAGCUGGUGGGCACAAAAGUCCUGCAUGUUAACAUUACUGGUGAAGACCCAAAUAAACUUCGAGUGUAUCUUCACUGUACGAAUGAGCAUCAUCCAAAAUACAGAGAUGGUGACGUCACUUUAUUUGCCUUAAACCUCAACAACAGCACCAAACGCUUGCUGUUACCCACUCACUUCUCCAACAAGCAGAUUGACGAAUAUCUUCUACUACCUCAUGGAAAAAACAGCCUACUUUCCACGUCUGUUCAGCUGAAUGGUCAUCUCCUAAAAAUGGUGGACGAUGAAACAUUGCCAACUUUCAGCGAGAAGCCUCUUAGUCCAGGGAGCAGACUUGGGCUCCCGGCUUUUUCGUAUGGAUUUUACGUCAUAAAAAAUGCCAAAGUAAGGGCUUGCAUUUAGGAAGUCAAGGCAAAAUCUAAUUGAAAGGAUAUUGUCAAACCUCAGAGUUACAACAGUCCCAAAUAUUUUCAUCCCAGGGAAGAAACCCAAGUGUGUCAGGAGAAAAGGACAUUAUCUGGAGCCUUUUUGUCUUAAAAAUUCCUUUCAGCUCUCCAGUCUGUAAGAAUUACUUAAGCAUUUUGUUUCAAGCAUUCUUGUACCAAAAAUGGACAUACUGUUCAUUGAACAAUUAAACAUAUGGUGGGGGCAGUUAUUUUCUCUCUGCCUGACCUACUUCACAGGGCUGUUAUGCAGAUAUAGUGAGAAAAGAAGAGUAUACUGGCUUGAGGUCACUAGAGAAAAGGUGAAAUAUAAGUGUAGCAAAUAAACAGAUGUUGGCCAGCGAGGCAGAGACUGGAGGUACUGGAGGAUUUAGGGAAUGCUGAGUACAAAUAGGCAAGCAAAUGAGUCAAUAUUCAGUUCCAUCAGGGCAAAGCAAUUUAAGGACAAUAAAGUACAAGCGAGCAACUUCUGGGCACAAGGGAUAUUGCAUAGGACCUAUUUAUUAAAACAACUGCCAUGAGAUUCCUACUGCUUUCUUAUGAAACUAGGAAGCUCAACCUCAGCUCAGCUAGCCUCUGAGUAACAAGGGGGAAGGAGAUUUCACUCCUUUCAUCUUUUUAAUUGCAUUUUAUUAUUUUAACUUAGGGUGUGGAAUUGUUUUAAUGCUGUAAAUAUUUUAAUGUUCACUUUCUGUAUGUUUUUCAUUGUAUUUUUUAAAAUGGUGAACCACUCUGAGUCCAAAUUUUGGGCUUUCUCCAUCAGUUGUACUGUCUUUUUGCUGAUGCGUAUCCAUGUGCGUACAUCUGCUGGUGCAUCAAAUGGCAGCAUGAAAACUAGACAUUGUCUCUUCCACUAAGCUAGGAGGAGCACACGUUUGCCAUGCAGGAGGUUUCAGCUUCAAUCUCUGGGAUUUCUACAUAAGGCUACCCAUGUCUAAAACACUAGGCAGUGCAAAAUGGCCUCCUCCAGCCCAUUUCUCCCAAUGUAUGGGAAUACAUCUCCCAUCAUCCCCAGACCAGAUAUCCAAUGACUCUAACACAUCUAAGGCCAUCAUGGAGAAGGCUAGUAUACACCAUACUGAGCUGAAUGACCCAGUGGUCUGAUUCAGUAUUAAGGCAGGAGUUCCUAGAUUUUGAUACAAGACCAAAUAAAAUGCAAUCUGACAAGCCUUAUGUUUACAAUACUUUGUUCUUUUUUUUGGGGGGGGGGGUAUUUGCUCAUGUUGAAAUAAACUGGUUUAUAUUAAUACUU